AGUAGCCCUUUCACCUCCGGUUUUAUAGGUUAUCUAAUAUUUUCAAAGCUUAGGAAAAAGGAAAAUGUUUAAAUUUUAUCAAAAAAUAAUAGUUCAACAAUUUAAAGGGACAAAUCGGAUAGUACCCCACGCGUGGCACAAUGGAUUCGCUUCAUCCACCCAGGCAGAAGCGAAGCACCUAAAUACACAAAACGUUUCCGAAGAUCGAAAACACACCAAUACAGAUAUGAGGAACACAACAAAAAGGGGAAAUAAAAUGAUUCAGAACGUUUUCGCUUCGAUAAAUAUUGAGGAUAGUGCUGAGGAUAUUACAACACCCACUACAGAUAAUAAACUAGCUAAUGCCAAGACUGUCGAUGAAUUAUUGGCUGUAUCAGAAGGUAAUGGAGUUUCACGUAAACAUGCACUUCGGGUUGUAUCCAUUUUAUCGAAUUGGACGUCAAGUAGAAAAAUUGAAUUACGCGAUUUCGAGAAUGAUCCUAGAUUUGUCAGACUUUGUAGAGUACUGACUAAAUCAAGUCCCCCUACUAAAAGCAGUAAGGUAAUAUUGACUCCAUCAAAAGGUACCGAUCUCAAUACCGUUUUAAAUAUUACCGCUGAUGAAGAGGCAGCCAAACUUGUUGGUAACAUUAGUUUGCCACAAAUGGUCAAGGUUUUAACAACUCUGUCCAUAAAGCGCAGAAGAUCUAUUCUACUUCUAAGAAGUCUAGCAUUUAAUAUAGCAGGCAGUCCAGAAAAAAUGGACAUAAAACAAUGUGCAGAUUUGUUUUACAGUCUUUCAUCUCUGAACUUCUACGAUGAAAAUGUGUUUGAGAAAACUGCCAAUAAUAUUAUUGAAAUAUUGCAGAAAGAUACUAUCAGAAAAAGUUCAGUGGUUGGCUCGAUUUUGACCAGCGUUGGAUUAUUGAAAUAUAAAAAUACUGCACUUUUAGAUGCAAUAAGCGAUUGGAUGGCACAAAACCAUUCUCACUGUAGACCGCAGGAUAUAUUUAGUUUAUUUAUGACCUUAGCAGUUUUAAAUCAUAUUCCUGCUAACUGUGAUCACAUAUUUAAGCUUUUAGUUCCACAACUAACCCAAGAAGAAGCUGGAAAACCAGGUGUUUGGCUUGAAAUUGUAUGGUCCUUGAUUUUAUUGAAUCAAGCUAAUGCCAAACAUGUUGAGUCAGUUUUGAGUGAUGCAUUUAUUGACUUACUCAAAGAACGAAAAUUAUUAAACACUUCGGCGAUACUUAAAUUAUUGAAUAUUGAUGGGGCUGCGCACUAUUUACUAGAAAAUUACAAUGGUCCAAAAAUAAAGAAAGAUCAUGAAAUAAGGAAAACUUCAUUACAAUUGGCUAAAGAGAAAUUGGAUAUGGUGAAUAGUGUUGUCGAUACAUUAAAAAAUCUUAUUCCAGAAACUUAUUUUAGAACAAGAGUAAACACUGGUUUAGGAUUCUAUAUUGAUGCAGAAUGUUUACUGGAUAAAUCAUGCAAUCCUUUACAACUAGAUGAUUCAACCGUACCUGAUAGUGAGAAAAUAAAGGUUGCAAUUUUGGCCUUAGACUACCAUGAUAUGUGUAAAGGUAGAAUGGAAGUGACCGGAAUUCAAGCGUUAUGUCAAAAGCUUUUAACAGCAAUGGGUUACAGGAUAGUCGAAAUUCCAUACACAGAUUUUAAGGCAACAGACAAAAUAGUUAACAAAGUUCAGUAUUUAGAGAACAAGUUGAAACAGACAGUUAAGAUGUCAUAAAUUAGUUUAUUUAU